AUGACAAUCAUAGAAUUUAUGAAAGGAAAUUAUUCGCCAAGUAUACGCUAUUAUGUUUGUCUAUCAAUAUUGAUCAGUCAAGGAAUUGGCCAAAUUAUCAUAGCUAAUUGGUGUAACAAUCAACAUUCUUCAUUGAUAUGCUUUAUUGCCAAAUUGUUUAUCGUAUUUCUUGCUGCCUUUACAAUACAAUGGUGUCAGAUUUAUUCAUCGGGAUUAACUCGAGCAAAACACGCAUUCUUUGAUGAAUUUAAUGUCCUUGAAACUUAUCAACCAAGAGCUCGUACAAUGGGACAUUUAUUUUUGCCUGAGCCACCAACGCCAGUACCAAAUGCGCAACGUUAUCAAUAUGAUGCGGCAAAGGAAGCGGAGCGAACUGCCUUUCUACAGAUGAGAGAUGCGCAUUAUGAAAAUGAAUAUACAUACCUAGAAAAAUUGAAUCGUGAAUUAGGAGAAAAUGGAAAUAUUACUAAACAAUCACAAAAUGAAAAUCAAAAUGAUUUAUCAAAUAUGCCAAAAAUUGAAGGACCAGUUUUAAUCGAAUUUCAUGCUGAUUCAGAAACAGAUGAUGAUGACUAUUCUAUAUAA